AUGGCGUCAGAGAGUCGCAGGCUCCCUAUCCAGGUUGAAGCUAUCAUCCAACAGAUAAAUGACAUCCAUGUCCACUCAAACAAUUAUAUUAUCACCACCGAUCAGUUGGAAGUGUGGACCCGCAGAUACACCGAAGACCUUCGACCCGGCACUUAUCUCGUAGGUACCGCACAGGAGGAGGAAGAGCUCGCAAGCCACGGCAAUACCCGGAAUAUCCACGGCGCCGAAUUCGCUGCACCCCCCACCUUCGGAUUUCCAGACAUGGAUGUCGACGAGGAGGAAGAAGAUAUCCAGGACGAACCCAUGGUCGACCUACAUCCCGCGGCCGACGACACUUUCGAAGACGAGGAUAUCCUCAUCCGUGGAACUUCUGAUCGCAGGCUUUGGGUAAACGGCGAAGUGUGGCACGUUGCAGAGUAUUUGGGCAAGCAUUGGGUGGAUAUGAUUAUGCAAAUGCACUCGAUCAAGCCCCUUCCAACACCUGUUGGCAUGGUGGUCAAACCAUAUGACUAUCAAUUGAAAGGCGCGGCUCAAAUGGACUGGUGUUUGGAAGGGCCAUUCAAAUUCUUCUUUCUCGGUGAUCGUAUGGGAAUGGGUAAAACGCUGACAACCACGCUUGCAUUGUGGAUGAGAAAAGACGAGCCUGGAAUGUCUCUGGUUGUGGCACCUGCCAGCGUCUGUGCACAAUGGGUUAGAGAUAUCCAUCGAUACUUUGACGAGGAAUAUGGUCUUCGCGCAUAUUGGCUGACUGACUCACGAAUUUCUGCCACUUGGCUCCUUUCGCAGGGCUACGACAUCAUUGUGGUCACAUACGAGUUUCUGGAAGCAUCCUCAAGGUCAAUCAGAACGUUCCAGUCCCGCAUCGAAGCCCACGUUAAUGCGGUACGAGAUGGACGAAAGCGCUCACAAUUACCCAAGCGGCCCACUUCAGCACUGUUCUCUCCCCUGCAUGUAACGAUACAGCGCCCAAUCAAGCGCACUGUCUUUGACGAGGCACAAUGUAUUAGUAAACGUUCUGGGAAAAGACAUCAAGCCGUCAAACUACUUCCGACAACUUCAAUAGUGUGCCUCUCCGGUACGGCAGCGCAUAAUAAAUGGACGGCAUUCAGUGGAUACACUGAUUACGUGAAGGGAAUCCCCUGGAAAACUCAUGCUGACUUUAUGCGUACUUUUUGCGGCACCAAUGCUGAUGAAAACUAUCCUGGUAUCAUCGAAACGAGACUUCUCCAGCGGUUCCUCCAGGAGUUCCUGGUUGCUCGUCCUUUAGACGCCUUUGCCGCAUCAAGGUUACAUGGCCUACGGUGCUGGUCUUUCCGCUUUCAACUGGAUCAGUUCGAUGUCAAUUUAGUUGCAGCAUUCACAAAGAAGUACAAAGAAGAGAGUGCCAGAGCUGCACAGGGGGGCCAAGAUUACUCUGGUCAGAAAAGGAAAGGCAACCAUGAUUCAAAGAGUCGAGCUAUGGUCUACGCUGCUAAGGCUCGCGCAGCUGCUGCGCAUCCUCUACUUCUCGCGGAAAUACCCAAUGGGAACAAGAAGAUGAAGAAGAUGAAGAAGCCUAGAGAUACAUCUAACAAUGACAAAACCAACAACAAGACGCCCGUGCUAGGGAAACGGACAAUCACAAGCGAGGAUAUCGAUCAAAACGAGCGAGCACUCUGGCUGGAACUCGUGAAAAGAGACCAGUUCCUGGAGCAAUGCUCAGCCCGUGUUCGAGCAGCCUUGACCACGUACGACUGGUUUCGUCAACAAUAUCCAACGGAGAAGAUCGCUAUAUGCUCGACCUCCCUCAAGUUGCUCGACAUCGUGGCAGAGGUUCUCAGAAGAAAAUACGGAAUCGACGCGGUCCGAUUCGAUGGUUCCAUCCCCCCCCUCAAGCGAACAUUCAUCUUGCGGAAACUGGAUACUGAACCACCAUGCGUCCCUUUGCUGAUUACUGCAGGCUCGGGGGCUUACGGUAUCAACAUUGUCAGCGUUUCUUGUAUCAUUCAGAUGGAACCCUGGUGGAAUAUCAACAACGAAGAGCAGUUGGUUUGCCGUGCUUACCGCAUCAAUCAACAAUCAGAGGUCAAAUACAUCCGUUUGGAGGCAGAGAACAGUGAAAUAGAUCAGGAAAUUAUGCGUGUGCAGCUGAGAAAGAAGGCUAUCAACGAUCGUUUGAUGGCGCCGUUGGUCCAUCGACACGAUGAACAGCCGAGGAUUUUGGAUCUCCUUCUCUGA